AUGAUUAGACCUCCGCCCCUGACCUUUCUUCGCUGCCACCCACAUGUCCUUUCCCGACUUCCUCCGUCCCCAUACCUCGCCCGCCUUCCCCACCUCCACCACCCAUCAUGCCCCAUCGUCAGCACGCCAUUGCCACACGCCGCUCACGUCCGCCAUGCCUCCACCAGUCCGCCCAUCGCAGCAGACGCUUCAUCCCUCGUUACCCGCUUAAAAAAUCUCUUCCUCGGCACCACCAUCUCCCUCGCCCUCGUCUUCGGCUACCUCUACGUAACAGACGUCCGAGCAGGCAUACACCAAUGGGCCGUCGUACCCUCUCUGCGCUGGAUCUACGACGAUGCGGAGGAGGCACAUGAAGUCGGUACGGCGAGUCUAAAGGGGUUGUAUAAGUGGGGGUUGCAUCCGAGGGAGCGGGGGGAUGUGCCUCGGAAUCUGGAGGUUGAGGUGUUUGGACACACGCUGUCGAAUCCAAUCGGCACGAGUGCGGGCAUUGAUAAACACGCCGAGAUCCCCGACCCUCUUUUCGCCCUCGGCCCUUCGAUAAUCGAGAUUGGAGGAGCGACACCCUACCCUCAAGACGGCAACCCCAAACCCCGCGUCUUCCGCCUGCCUUCCCAAAAAGGGCUCAUAAAUCGCUACGGUCUCAACUCGGAAGGUGCAGAUAACGUAGCUAUGCGCCUACGGCAGCGAGUCCGGGAGUACGCCUACGCUAAUGGUUUUGGGAUCGACGAAGAAGCGGAGCAAAGUGUCUUAGACGGCAAGGCCGGGGUUCCGGGUGGAAGUUUGACGAGCGGGCGUUUAAUGGCGGUACAGGUUGCCAAGAACAAGUUUACGCCCGAUGAGGAUAUCGAGGCUGUGAAAGCGGAUUACGUCUACUGUGUCGAGGCAUUGGCGCGGUAUGCGGACAUCAUUGUUGUGAAUGUCAGCAGUCCGAAUACGCCGGGGUUGAGGGGCUUGCAGAGGGUGGAGCCUCUCACGAAUAUCCUGACCGGCGUCGUGGAAGCUGCGAAGAAGGCUAAGAAAAGGGUCAAGCCAGCGGUCAUGGUAAAGGUGUCCCCGGAUGAAGACAGUGACGAGCAGGUGCGCGGGAUCUGUGAUGCAGUGUGGGAGAGUGGAGUUGAUGGGGUUAUCGUGGGCAAUACCACGAAGCGAAGACAUGAUCUCUUGCCGGCGGAUUACAAUCUGCCAGCUAGGGAAGCGGCGACAUUGUUGGAGCAGGGAGGGUAUUCGGGGCCGCAAUUGUUUGAAGGGACGGUAGCGCUCACGAAGAGAUAUAGGAGGCUAUUAGAUGAGGGGAUGGACCAGACGCCGAAGGAGCCUGCAUCAACGAAAGCGAUUGACGACGCACCACAACAAGAUCCGAACAAAGACGUCUCCUCUCGCAUCAAAGAGACGGUCGAGCGUGACGCCAAGAACCUCAAACCGGACACACCAGAAGCCCACGCCGAAUCGAAAUCCCAACCUCUAAUCCAAAUCCCACCUCGCAACAACCCCUUCUCCUCCGACCGACCGUCCACCAGUGCCUCCACUUCCGCAUUCUCAGCCGACACGCACAUCAAUCAAUUACCUCCCAUCACCCAAUCCGAACCCUCAAAGGAGCCUCCUAAACGAAAGGUCAUCUUCGCAACCGGCGGCAUCCAAAACGGCAAGCAAGCGCUCGAAGUGUUGGAAGCUGGCGCUAGUGUCGCGCAGGUAUAUACAGCGUUGGUGUAUGGGGGUGUGGGCUGCAUUGCUCGAAUGAAGGAUGAGAUGAGGGAGGAGAUGAAGAGGAGGAGAAAGGAGCCCGGGAUUCCGUGA